CCCUACGUGGGUGCAAUGCAUUUCUCCGCCUGCCCUUGCAGGGAGGGUCCCGUGACAAGGGUCACCUCCCGGCUUUGUUUUCUCCCUCAGGGACCCACCUGGGGCUCCAAGGACAAGUGUUUCACCAAGAUGUACACGACAAGCGGGGAGUGCUGCAAAGCCUGCAACCUGGGCGAGGGGGUGGCGCAGCCCUGCGGGGUCAACCAGACGGUCUGCGAGCCCUGCCUGGACAGUGUCACCUACUCGGACACGGUGAGCGCCACGGAGCCGUGCAAGCCCUGCACGCAGUGCGUGGGGCUGCAGAGCAUGUCUGCGCCCUGCGUGGAGUCGGACGACGCCGUCUGCCGCUGCGCCUAUGGCUACUACCAGGACGAGCUGAGCGGGAGCUGCAAGGAGUGCCGGGUGUGCGAGGUGGGCUUCGGCCUCAUGUUCCCCUGCCAGGACUCGCAGGACACGGUCUGCGAGGAGUGUCCUGAGGGCACCUUCUCCAGCGAAGCCAACUUUGUGGACCCCUGCCUGCCCUGCACCACCUGCGAGGAGAAUGAAGUGAUGGUGAAGGAGUGCACGGCCAUCUCGGAUGCCGAAUGCAGAGACCUCCACCCUCGUUGGACAACACACACGCCAUCCCUGGGAGGCUCUGACAGCCCCGAGCCCAUCACCAGGGACCCCUUCAACACUGAAGUGAUGCCCAGCACCCUGGCAGACACCGUCACCACCAUCAUGGGCAGCUCGCAGCCCGUUGUGAGCCGCGGCACUGCCGACAACCUCAUCCCGGUCUACUGCUCCAUCCUGGCGGCCGUGGUGGUGGGGCUGGUAGCCUACAUCGCUUUCAAAAGGUGGAACAACUGCAAACAGAACAAGCAAGGGGCCAACAACCGCCCGGUGAACCAGACGCCUUCGCCGGAGGGGGAGAAGCUGCACAGCGACAGCGGCAUCUCGGUGGACAGCCAGAGCCUGCACGACCAGCAGCCGCCCAGCCAGAGCACCCAGGGGCCAGCCCCCAAAGGAGAUGGGAACCUCUACACCAACCUCCCACCCAGCAAGCAGGAGGAGGUGGAGAAGCUGCUGGGAAGCUCUGUGGAGGAGACGUGGAGGCAGCUGGCUGAGGAGUUGGGCUACAAAGAGGAUCUCAUAGACUCCUUCACCCGGGAGGAAUCGCCUGCCCGGGCUCUCCUGGCCGACUGGUCCUCCAAGGAGACGGCCACCCUCGACGCCCUGCUCACCGCCCUGCGCAAGAUCCAGCGCGGGGACAUCGCCGAGAGCUUGUACAGCGAGUCCACCGCCACCUCCCCUGUCUGAAGGGUGGCCCGGGGCAGCCCCGUGGGGUCCCCUUCCCCCUUCUUCCCUUUACCUCUCCCCUCCCUGGCACCAAGAGCCCAGGAGGGGAGGGUGGGAAGGAAGUGGGGGCUCCCCGGGCCCCCCCAAUUUACGGUCCUCUAUGCACUGAGCUCCUGUUUUCGGUAUCGCCCCCUCCCAACGCCAACUCCCCCUGGCAGCCCGUAAGCGGGUCGGGUGUUGGGACUCAACACCCAAAGCCCGUCUGCUGCCGGCGCAUCCUCUGCAGCCCCGUGAGGCUGGACAGACGGACACAGGAAUGAGCCCCGCGCUCUCAGCCCUGCCCCACCUUCCAGCCCUUCUCCUUCCUCCUUGGGGCUCCAGUUCUCCUCUUCCUCCUGCCCUUCCUCCUUGGCCCACCCUGCCUCUAUCUCCUGCUCCCCUCUAAUGCCCUGAAAUCCAGCUGCUUUCCCCAAAACGCAGAUGAAGGGCAGGGCUGGGCUGGGCGUGAAGAGCACUGGAGCUGCUGUACCAGGAUUUGGGGAGGGGGCUGGUCCCACGGCCAGGCCGUGCCAUGACAAGUGGGCUGGGGGUAAGGGCUUGGCUUCCAGCAGCUCAACCUACACUGUGAAAUUCGGGGGGCGCAGCCCCCGCGCACGCUCCCCAGGGCUGCCAGCGUUUGGUCUCAGUGAGGAGCAGCCGGGACCACCCGAACGUUGAGGAUCAGACGUCUGGGUGCCACGAUCUCCCUGCCAGUGCCCAGCUCACCUGGGGACGCUGGAGCUACACGGGUGGGGGGGACACUGAAGGUCUAAAGGGCUGAAAAAGUGCCUGCCCACAGUGGGGACACGACAAAAGGGCUCUGCUCAUCCUUCCCCUGGCACCAGCCCCGGCAUCCCCACCCUGCACCGACCCAGGAGCAAAGCCACCCUGACACCUUUGCACUGUCCCUGCUCGCCUGCAGACCCCCCCCCCGGGGCUGGUGGUCCCAACCCCCUGCUUGUAAGGGCUCCUUCUCCUCCAGCACUGUGAAGGGGGGCUCAGAAAUGCCCCUGCCCGCUCCCCUGCGGGUCCUUCACCUCCGUCCGGGUGCACAGCGGGUGCUGCCCCCCCUCAGUGCACCGACUGCCUCCCCAGGGCACCCUUGGGUGGCCCCAACACCUCCCUCUGCCAGGACCCCGCCGCUGCCCCGGGGAAAGGGACAUCACUCACCACCUCUACGCCUCCAGAGAUAUAAGUGCAUUUUCUUGGCAUAUCAGCUCCCCGCCCAGCACCCAGCUCACUCACGGGUGAUGCUGGAGAGCAGCCGCCGGGUGGGUGAGCACCCUGAUCCCCCCACGAGCUGCCAGCGAGCAGCCAGGGUGGUCCUGGGGGAUGCCCCCCACCCAGCUACUGCUUUGAUGUCUCACUCGCCUGGAGCAUCACAAGAUUUUUGCAGAGGAAGGACUGCAAGGCGAGCUGGUGCAUGGCACCAGUGCCGGUAUGUCUGCGCCUACAGACUCCCCCUUCACCUCUGGAUUCAGCCAGAAACUCUUCUUCCUCCCCUCCUUAAGGAGAUAAGCAAGACUUGUAAAUAAUAUCACGUUGUUUUACUAACUGCUUGAGGUUUCUACGUGUGACACGGGGGGACGGUGCCCGCCCUGGCUCCUCUGCUCUUCCUCACAGCCUUUCUGCCUGCAAGGCGAGCCUUCGUUUGGCAGCCCAAGCCUUUGGUCCCACUUCGUUUCUGGCCUUAAAGACUCAAUGGGGAGGCAGAGAAAUAUGCACAUCCCCCCAAAAUCACUGCAGCAGGUCCAUGAGAAACUUUGAGGAACAUGGAAGGAUGUGGCUGCUCCCGGCGGAGUUGCUGGCUGUCAGGAGGGAGAGCUCAGCACUUGCCAAGGGAUUGGAGCCUGCGUCAACAGGAUUCGAGCACCCAGAUCCUUCAAAAGCUUUUGGGAAUUUCGCCCCGUGUGCUUUGGGUGAUAAAGCAGCACAGGUUGAAUCUCCAGGAUGGGAGAUUUGAUGCCUCCUGCCCUCGUGCAGCAAAAGAGCAAAGAUCCCUUCGGAGGAACAACCCCUGUGACACUUUGGCCGCCCAUGCCAAACCCGUUGGUUAGAAACACUUGGCCCUGACGGGGCUGCGAGUCCCACGUCUGAGUGUCAAACCUCUCCCAUCACUAAAACCCAAGGAAACUGCCCCAAAUUUGCAACCUCACUCGCAGUGGACGUCUCUGGCUCGCAAACCCUCUGCUGGGGUGCCAGCUCCUGCCAGACCAAGCCAUCCACACGGAUGCUUUUGGAUGAAUUUAAAAGUUUUUUUUUUUUUUUUUUUGUGAAGUGACUCAAAUAUGAACUGAGGGCAACUGGAAUAAAGUGCCCGGAUCAAAAGCAAAACAAACUGCCCGAUUCAGUCUGACAAGCCAACCUGGCCAUAAUUUGCCAGCUGGAAAUUUAUUUUCUUCAGGACAAUAUCGCCAUGGUCUCAGGUUUCAAUUGCCAUAGUAAAGGGAUUUCCUCAGGGCUGAGGAAACUGAGACAAACUCAGCAUCCAAAGAGAAGCCGGGGGAUGCCUCAAAUCCCUGGUUGCAGGAAAUAAAUAAAA